ACGGCCAGAACGCGUCUUGUUUCUGAAAAAUAGAUUUUCGUCGCACUUUUCCGGUGGUAAAUGUGAGUUAAAGUGGCAUAAAAAGUGGUGCACCGUGUGGUUCGAUGGACGAUUUGUGUGAAAAUUGUAUUUCUAUCGGAAAAAAGGUGUUCGUUUUGUGAGGAAAUUCGUUUGAAAAAUCGAGCGCAUUAAGACGACGACCGAUGAUCGGUAGCACCAGCAGCAGCAGCGGAGUUUGUUGAUAGUGUGGGUGGUGUGAGAAGUGCAUCAUCUUUUGGUUGGUUGCGGGUGGGGGGUGUCUGUGUCUUGCGAGAAGAAUAAAUUGCAUGUGGUGAAGAUAAAAAACCUUAUCUCGGGGACACGAAGAUUGACUGUGGAAAAAGCAGAAAGAUGAUUUUUAGCGCCAAUUGUGUACUGCGAAAAAUAGUGACCGUGUGAGUCUGCGGUGGGAUUUUCAGGAAGAACACACUGACAAGAUUUGACAGAUCCUGUGGAAAGGGAAAAUGGUUCGUGGAAAGUGAGAGUUCUUUCGACAGAAUCGAAUCGAACGGGGAAAUCGGGAAUCGAACAGCUGUUACGAGGAAACCGGUUGGAGAAUGGCUGGGUACAAGUGUGUGAAUUUCGUGGACCUGUGCCGGCUUUGUGCCAGCAGCGGAGGUGGCCGGACCGGGAUAUUCUCCGAGGAAGGGAAACGGAAAAACAUCCUUUUCAAAAUCACCGACUGUCUAAAGAUAAAGGUUUAUGAAAAGGAUCGCCUGCCGAAGAGCGUCUGUGCGAAAUGUCUGAAACAGUUGGAAGCGCAUGUAGAAUUCCGGGAUUCGGUUGUGAAAGCGCAGGGAAUGCUGGAGAGUUGCCUGAACUCUACUAAGCUUCGGAAUGGGGGCAUGGUGUACAUCAAGGACGAUACGGUAAGGGACGAUCAGACGGUGACGCAGAUGAGCAGUGCAUCGAGUCCGGUCACCGCUACAAUUACCCUGCCAACCAUUCAAGCGCAACCAGCACCCGCACAAGCGCCUCCACAGUUGAAACUAGUCCCUGCAAUUUCAGCUAGCACUGCUUCACAGCACCAAACUGCCACCAUUACGACCGCACCGGCGAUGACCCCAAUCAUCAUCAACAGCUUACCGAAGGGGUUCACUCAAACCACUUCCUCGGGCACCGGAGGACCUUUACCAACGGCAACGAUUAUGGCACCGAAUUCGGAUUUCCUUAGCAGUAUUAUGCAAGCUGUUGGCAUUCAGACUGGUGAAGCGGCGGCAUCAUCCCAUGACGCCCAUCAACAACAACAGCAACAGAACCAGCAGCAACAGCAGCAGCAGCAACAGCCCUUAGCUCAGUAUACUAUCACUCUGGACGGCCAGACGAUUAAGGCGAAUCAGAUACACUACAAGAUUCAGGAUGGCACAACACAAACGUUGCUGACGACUGGCGACCCGGAACAGCAAUGGUAUUUAGUAGUCGCUUUCGAAUUAAAUUUAUUAAACAUUAUCAAUAAUGCUUUUUUUUACAGUUCGUACCAGCAGAUGGACGAGUUUCUCAAACUCAAAACACCGGUAAAAAUAUAUAGGAGGGAUCCUGAAAAAACGCCGGAAGCGGUGGCCGCCAAGAAGCCAAAGAUCAGCGUCCUGAUCAAGCCUCCACCGACUUCCCAGGCAACGUUGGUAACGUCAACGCCACCGAAGCAGACCAUCCUGGCAACGACGGCGCCGGUCGCCACCGUGUCCAGCAGCCCCAUCACCCUGACGCCCGUUUCAUCGACCAGCAGUAUUGCAAGCUUCUCGGCUGCUCCGGCCGGUACAAUAUUCACCAGUACUCCUCUCGCCAGCUGUUCCACUGUCACGACGCCCGUGAAAUCCUCGGCCAUGUCCGUACUGGACGCCAAAAUGAUGCAAGGCAACAAAUGUAUCGUUCCCAUCAUGCUGAAAGCCGAAGGUGGCGGCGAACAAAUCGCCCUGGCGCCGAUCGCAAACGUUGCCGACAUGAACAAAGGCAUGGUUCCGAACAUUCAGUACGUUCAGAUGAAGCUGCAACCCGGACCGGACGGAAUGUACCGACUGGCGCCGACUCAGAUGCCUCCGGCCCUCACGCUGACCCCUCAAGGUCUCCAGCAAUUUGGCAUCGGGCCACUUCAAACCGUUCAAUCUCAACCCGCCCAACAGCAACAGCAACAGCAGCAGCAGCAUCACCAACAGAUACAAAUCCAACCCCAGCACAUCCAGGCCCAACUAGCCGUGCCAAGCGUGCAAGUUCCGCUCUCCAACUAUCUCAGUCUAGUCGAAAAAUCCUCCCAGCUUCAGAAUGCCUCCGAGCUACAAUCUCAGCAGGCAAACAUAGUCAUUACCACUCAACCGGUACAGCAACAACCGCAGCAACAUCACCAACAGCAGAUUCAACUAGCUCAACACAUGCAGCUCGUUCAGCAGCGACCCACAGUUCAGGUUCAAGCAUCUCCUUCCCACCAACCCCCACCCAAACCGCCGCAGAAACCUAAUCCGCCACAACCGCCACCCCGUCCAUCGACCAGCCGCAGGGAGUCAUCCUCCCAGGAAGACCAACUCAACAGCUCCUCCGAAUCCAACACCAGCAUGUCAAGAGCAUCUCAGACGGCCCAAUCGAUAGCGGCCACGCAGCAGAUGAAAGCCAUUUCGGCCCUGUCCCUGAAGCAGGACGGCCAGAACGAUUCUCUGUCAAGCACAACGGCUGGCAAAAACGCACUCGCAUCCUCCUCCUCCGUUAGCUUCACGUCCUGUGACGUGUGCUCGAAGUCGUUCAAACGGAAGGAACACCUGAUGCAGCAUCUCAAAUCGCACGUCGGUCUUCGGCCGUUCAAGUGCGACGAACCCAGUUGCAGCAAAUCGUUCAGCCGGAAGGAGCACCUGAUGAGGCACAUCGUGUCGCACACGGGAAAGAAGAUGUUUGCCUGUCCGGUCUGCCGGAAGUACUUUUCGCGCAAGGAUAAUCUCAAUAAGCAUAAGAAAACGCACCAGGAAAAUAGCAGUUCGGCUCCGUAUCACUGUUCGAUAUGCAGCAAGCACUUCUAUAUAAAGGGACAAUUCCUACGGCAUAAGCAAAUGCAUGACAUGGCGGCGGCGGACUCGCAAAAGAUCCAAAAGAAGUCACCCGUCAAGACAAAAACGGAACCACCGGACACGACCCAACCGUUGCCCACGCUUCAUCAAACGCAGCAACAGCAACCUCCGCACCAACAAAUCCAACAAGUACAACUCCCCACCCAACAGCUGCAACAGCAGCAGCAGCAGCAGCAGCAACAGCAGCAGCAGCAUCACCAUCAGCAAUCCCAACCGCAUCCGCAGCUCACGCCGGUAUCCAUCCAGUCCCAGCAGAUUUUCACCAUUCCGGCUCAGCUGCAAAACAGCAUUGCCGGUAAGGGUCCUAUCAUUCACCAGCUGCAGAUUGCGAUGCCCACCAGCAGUGCCCAGCAGAAUACGAUACAUACUGUAUCGGCUUCGGGAACGACCAUGGCCAGCCUAGCGGGACUAGGCGGUAGUGGUGGCAUGGUCAGUGGCAGCGGUGCAACGAAAACGGCCAUCAUCAAGUCGGCCGAUGGCAGUUCGGCCACCGUGUACACGAUUCCGUCGAAUUUCAUCAUCGAUGGAUCGCACUUUCUGGGAGCCAUGCAGCAGUCACGAGAAUUGAUGAGCAACAUCAAGAUAGAGCAGAUCACCUAGGGGCGGAAGGUGCUGUGGGUCAACUAGGAAGGGGUUGAGUGGGCAACAUUCCAGUGAGUGUAGAUGGGACCGGUGGUGUCUUUCAGCGAAUCAAAAUGCCAUUUUUUUUCGUUUGUUCUAGUUGCCAUAAACUUAUGCUUUAAGUGUCGUGUAAUUGUGUGGAGAAAUUGUUAUAAAGUCAUGUCAAGUGAUCUUUCGUUGUCAGUUUUGACCUUUUUGAAACCCAUUUCAAAUCAUCAUCGUGGUGUAACAGUGUAAUAAAGUGUGACAAACUGGAAAACAUCGCCAUAUGAUUUUGAUCUUUCACUGGUGUUCUAUGAAUGAUGCGGCACCUUAGUUAGUCAACGUACAAUAGACCUCUCUUGCUCUACAAUGUAAGUAUUCGUAAUUAUCUUCGAGUUGAACUCGCGUAAAUCAUCACCCAGUUAUUUUCGACUGCAGAAUAGCUAUUGGUUGCAAGUAUUUGUAAUAUAGAGGACGGUGAUUAUUUAUUGAAAACAGUCACAUUAUUUUCCAUUGAACGUCAAAUGAGAAAAUAAUGAUCCCUUUUCUGCUUCUAAUAUAAGAUAGCGGUUAAGUCUCGUGCCACCAGCUGCAGCUACAGUAAAAACAUUUUUUUUCCAGUGGUAACUAUUCAUUAGUGUUACAAGAACUAAUCUGACUGUUGUCUGUUUGCUGUACAUAAACAUGCGUGAAAGUAGCAUCUAGAAUGUACCAUAGGAUUUCAUGAACAAUCGAUGUUGGAGUUAGGCGAUAAGGAAGAAAGAUAUAUCCGGUGUCAAAUCAUAGUGAAA